AGCCUCCUUUUUUAACAAUCCCGUUCACUGCAGUCACAGGUGCCGCUUUCCCAUGCUCACCCGCUUCGCCCUCCGUCGUUAACGUCACCCUCACAUCCUCCUCCUCGCCGUCCUCCUUCCCGCACCGUUGCUGAUUACCUCCUCGCUUGUGGCCGCCAUUGGCGCCGUCCGUGUCCGGCGAAGAUAUGGUGAAAUCGCUAAAUACGGUGACCUUGAUCUUCAAGCUACCGUAUUACACGCAAUGGGGGCAGAGCCUCGUCAUCGCCGGCUCUGAACCGGCGCUCGGAUCUUGGAACGUCAAGCAAGGGCUGGCACUGAGCCCAGUUCACCAGGGGAACGCGCUAGUCUGGUCCGGCCAAGUUUCUGUUGCUGCUGGCUUCACCUCUGAGUACAGCUAUUAUGUGGUCGAUGACCACAAGAAUGUGUUGAGAUGGGAGUCUGGGAAUAAAAAGAAGUUAGUGCUGCCAGAAGGUGUGCAGGACGGAGACGUAGUCGAGAUCCGUGACUGGUGGCAGGAUGCUUCUGAAGCUCUUUUCCUUCGAAGUGCAUUCAAGGAUGUCAUUUUCAGUGGAAAUGAAAAUGCGAAAAGAGCGCUGCAGUCAUCUUCCCUCAGCAAAACUUUGGAUCCUGAAGAUAUUGUCGUGCAAUUUAUCAUUAGCUGUCCUAGACUAGCAGCUGGCUCUACUGUCAUCGUCACAGGAAGCAACCCUUCAAUAGGAAAUUGGCGAGCUCAAGAUGGCCUCAAGCUCAACUAUGUUGGAGAUUCCAUUUGGAAGGCAAACUGUGUGUUGAGAAAGGCGGAGUUCCCCAUAAGAUAUAAAUACUGUCAAAUUAGUGAAGCAGGAGUCUCUUCAUUGGAGUUUGGUCCAAACAGAGAAGUUGAUGUGGAUUAUUCAUCACCCAAACCAGCCAGAUACAUACUCUUAUCUGAUGGCUCCCUCCGGGAAUCACCAUGGAGGGGUGCUGGUGUUGCCGUACCGAUAUUUUCAAUCAGGUCAAAUGAAGACCUUGGUGUUGGAGAGUUCCUAGAUCUUAAACUUCUUGUUGACUGGGCAGUCAAUUCAGGUUUUCAUCUUGUUCAGCUCCUUCCUAUCAAUGAUACUUCUGUCAACGGGAUGUGGUGGGAUUCAUAUCCAUAUAGCUCACUCUCUGUAUUUGCAUUACACCCCUUGUACCUGAGAGUACAAGCGCUUUCAGAUGCUAUUCCAGGGGAUAUUAAGGAAGAAAUUUUGCAUGCAAAGAAGCAGCUGGACAAAAAGGAUGUUGACUAUGAGGCAUCGUUGGCCACAAAGCUGAAAAUUGCAAAAAAAAUAUUCAAUUUAGAAAAGGACAAAGUAUUAAAUUCUGCUUCAUUCAAGAAGUUCUUAUCUGAAAAUGAGGAAUGGUUGAAACCAUAUGCUGCAUUUUGUUUUCUGCGGGAUUUCUUUGAGACAUCAGAUCACAGCCAAUGGGGUCGGUUUUCUCAGUUCUCCAAGGAGAAGCUUGAUAAGCUUGUCGGAGAAGAUACUUUGCACCAUGAUAUUAUACGUUUUCAUUACUAUAUCCAAUAUCAUCUAUAUACGCAAUUAUCGGAGGCAGCUGCAUAUGCAAGGAAGAACAAAGUUAUUCUGAAAGGAGAUUUGCCUAUUGGUGUUGAUAGGAAUAGUGUGGAUACAUGGGUAAACCCUACAUUAUUUCGCAUGAAUACAGCUACUGGUGCACCUCCAGAUUAUUUUGACAAAAAUGGACAAAACUGGGGUUUUCCUACUUAUAAUUGGGAGGAGAUGUCAAAGGAUAAUUAUGGGUGGUGGCGAGCUCGUCUGACACAGUUGGCAAAAUACUUCACAGCAUAUAGGAUAGACCAUAUUUUGGGUUUCUUUAGGAUAUGGGAGCUUCCAGAACAUGCUGCUACAGGUUUGGUCGGGAAAUUUAGACCUUCAAUUCCUCUUAGCCAGGAGGAGCUUCUAGGGGAUGGUAUGUGGGAUUUUGAUCGGUUGAGCCGCCCAUAUGUUCGCCAGGAAUUGCUGGAGGAGAAGUUUGGAUCUUUGUGGACAGUUAUUGCAGCCAACUUUCUGAACGAGUAUCAGAAGCAAUGCUACGAGUUCAAAGAGGAUUGCAACACUGAGAAAAAGAUUAUUGCAAAGAUUAAAACCAGUCCUGAAAAAUCACUCUGGUUGGAGAAAGAAGACAGUAUUCGGCGUGGUCUGUUUGAUCUACUACAGAAUAUAGUGCUGAUCAGAGAUCCAGAAGACUCUACAAAGUAUUAUCCUCGUUUUAACCUGGAAGAUACUUCAAGUUUUAGGGACUUAGAUGAACAUAGCAAAAAUGUACUUAGAAGAUUAUACUAUGACUACUAUUUCGCUCGCCAAGAAAAUCUUUGGCGUCAAAAUGCGUUGAAGACUCUGCCUGUCCUGUUGGACUGUUCGGAUAUGUUAGCAUGCGGGGAAGAUCUUGGUCUUAUACCUGCUUGUGUUCACCCUGUUAUGCAAGAACUUGGGUUGAUUGGAUUGCGUAUCCAGAGAAUGCCAAGUGAACCAAACUGUGAAUUUGGUAUUCCAUCUCAAUAUAGCUAUAUGACGGUUUGUGCUCCCUCAUGUCACGAUUGCUCCACAUUACGUGCUUGGUGGGAAGAAAAUGAAGGGAGAAGAAGUCGCUUCUACAAGAGCGUAAUUGGUAGUGAGGACGAGCCCCCAUCUCGUUGCACCCCAGAAGUAGUGCACUUCAUAGUUCAGCAGCAUUUUGAUGCUCCGUCAAUGUGGGCAAUCUUUCCAUUGCAGGACUUGCUCGCACUGAAAGACAAGUACACUACAAGACCAGCUGUGGAGGAAACAAUCAACGACCCCACAAACCCAAGGCAUUAUUGGAGAUUCCGCCUACAUGUGCCACUGGAGUCUAUGUUGGAGGACAAAGACAUCCAAGCAACCAUCAAGGAACUUGUCACAAGUAGUGGGAGGUCAUAUCCUGGCAAGAAAGUGGAUGCUGCCGGAGGAAGUGGAGGGAAGCUCACGAAUGGUAAAGCUUAGGUAAAAUACGCAAGAACGGCUAUCGAGCUGGAUCAUGAUUACAAGUAAAUAGAAUAAGGUGAUAUAUUGCCGUGUCCAUUGAGAUGGUGCUGUUUCAGCUAGAAAUUGUUUGCACCCACUGAUUCAUUUGAACACUCCGGAGAAUAAUAAGUCCUAAUGCCAUUCUAUGAAGGCAGCUUGUGAAAUAAAUGAUCAGAACUCGGUUUUUUCUGGUGAAA